CUCCUCUGUCCCAGUCUGUAUCUCUCCUCCUCUGUUCCACUCUGUCUCUCUCCUCCUCUGUAGCUCUCCUCCUCUGUUCCACUCUCUCUCUCCUCCUCUGUAGCUCUCCUCCUCUGUUCCACUCUGUCUCUCUCCUCCUCUCCUCCUUCUCUCCUCCUCUGUCACAGUGUCCAUCGCUCUCUCUUCCUCUCCUCCUCUAUCCCAGUAUCCCUCUCUCCUCCUCUGUUGCUUUCUUCCUCUCUCCUCCUCUGUCCCAGCCUGUCCAUCCCUCUCUCCUCCUCUCCUCCUCUGUAGCUCUCCUCCUCUCCUCCUGAACCACUCUGUUGCUCUCCUCCUCUAUCCCAGUAUCCCUCUCUCCUCCUCUGUUGCUUUCUUCCUCUCUCCUCCUCUGUCCCAGCCUGUCCAUCGCUGUGUGUGGAGAUGUCGUCCCUACUGAGGAAGGAGAUGCAGAGGAUGUUGUUUCGACCUGAAGGACAGAAGCUGCAGAAGUUCAUAGAGAUACAUGAAGCAACGCCAGGAAGACAUUUUCUCUGUGUCUACGUGACCAAGACCAAAGAGGUGCAGCUGUGUGUGGUGACAUCUCAGAAAGCAAUCUGUUCCGGAUCAAACAAGUUGCUGAAUUCUCACAAAUCCGGGUCAAAAAAGAAGCUCAAGUCUCAGUUUUGCCUGAGUUCCUGCUUGGAGGACUCCUACCUGAGGACAGAAGUCUGGCUCCUCCAGGACCUCACCCUGCUGGACGGGCGGGAUCCCGACGUGGACGACCCGUGUUUCCUGAUGCACUUCUCCACUGUGAGGUCGGUGACGGCCUUCAGCUGCGGCGCCAAGUACAGCAUGGCGCGGGCCCUGGUUGCCCUGAGCGACAAGCACUGCGGGCGGCCUUUGACUCUGGUGAACUAUGACCUGGCCUACAUCGGCCCGUCGUCUAUAUAUUUGAACAGAGGAGACUGUGUGGUGCUGAUGCAGAUAUGUUUCUACGCCGCUAACCUGGUGUGUCUGUCCUUGUGCCCCGUACCUCUGGACUGAGAGAGAUAUUUGUAUUUAUUAUGGAUCCUCAAGACAGCAGUUACUCUUCCUGGGGUCUGGCAAAAUGAAGACAGUUAUACCAUUUUAGAGAGACUGAGUGUGUGUUUUUUUAACCUUUAUUUAACUAGGAAAGUCAGUUAAGAACAAAUUCUUAUUUUCAAUGACGGUCUAGGAACAGUGGGUUUAACUGGUCUAGGAACAGUGGGGUUAACUGGUCUAGGAACAGUGGGUUUAACUGGUCUAGGAACAGUGGGUUUAACUGGUCUAGGAACAGUGGGGUUAACUGCCUCGACAGAUUUUUACCUUGUCAGCUACUGGGAUUCAAUUGUGCAACCUUUCGGGUUACUAGUCCAAGGCGCUAACCACUAGGCUACCUGCCACCUCUACACUCUAACCACUAGGCUACCUGCCACCUCUACACUCUAACCACUAGGCUACCUGCCACCUCCACACUCUACACUCUAACCACUAGGCUACCAGCCACCUCUACACUCUAACCACUAGUCUACCUGCCACCUCUACACUCGAACCACUAGGCUACCUGCCACCUCUACACUCUAACCACUAGGCUACCUGCCACCUCUACACUCUAACCACUAGGCUACCUGCCACCUCUACACUCUAACCACUAGUCUACCUGCCACCUCUACAC